AUGUCGGUGUCUGAGCCUGAGGACAAGGAUUUGGCCAAGGAUGCAGACGGUGGUCCGCAGGAGACAGAGUUACAGCGUUCCACUGUUGAAGUUGAGACAAAGGAGACUGAGGCUGAAGAAGAGAAGAGACGGAAGAUUGAGACUGCGACUGAGACAUUGGAAACACAACUUGAAGUUGAAGUUGAAGUCAAGAAGCUUUCAGCCGAUGCAGACGCAGGGCAUCCGCAAAUGCAGAACCCAAAGAACAUGUCAGAGUCAGCGCCAAAGAACGCUGAGGCUGAGGUGAAGCCUGCAGCUGACGAUGGUCAAGGGACCGGGGGUGGCGCCAAUGAUGGUGAACAUCAUCCCAAUCCCAAAGACGCUGAGAUCAUGAGGGAGCCACAUGAUGGACAGAGCCACAUGGACACGGAAGAGUCUCAGAACCAGAUGGACACAUCGGCAGCCACCCAAGGGAUCAAGACAGAGCAAGAUGAUGAGGCAAUGGAUGCAAACGAUGAAGCUGGCCAAGAUCGCGUCAGGGCUGAGAUGGACGAUGAUAUUGACGAACCGAAUUUGUUGGAGUACUUCGGAGAUGUGCUGCCAGUCUUCCUAUGUGAGAUUUCGCCUGCCAAGCAGAAGUUCUUGUACAAGUGUGUGUUGCCCAGUAUGCUUGGAAAUGAGGACGAUGAUUUCAUUUUGGACGAUGAUGUGCAGCAGUUGACGGAUGAGCUUUGUCGACGACAAGAGCGCAGAGCCAAGCAGGACGCUGAAGAGAAGGAGAAACAAAAAGCAGAGUCUGGCAAAUGGCCUGAAGUCCAUUCAGCUCUGGCAGAGAAAUGUUGUGCCGACAAUCCUGCCAGGAUCCAAGCUUUGGCAUGUCCAAAGGUUUGCAACACCGUGCGUUAUGGCUUCCUGCUGGCAGUGUUGUCCGUUUUCAGGUUUGAGACGGACUCUGAAGUUGAGGAGUUGCAAUCUGUCUCGAAUUUGAUGCAGACUUGGCAACCAGUGCUCUACGACGAUCCCGUCGUUUUCUCGCAGCACGGUGGAGAGGCCAGCGAGUUUGGCGUGUUUGACGAGAGGACUUCGAACCCAACACCUUUGAAGCAGAAAAGUGAAGUUGAAGCUAAUGUUACACAGUAUGCUUUGUGGACGUCGGAAUACAGCCCGGCGCACAACCAGUCCGCAGAAGAAGUUGUUGACUUGGAUCAGCUGGCGCAAGCUCGGAUCGGAUGUGACAUCACCAAAGUGCCCGGCGACGGAUGGUGCUUCUUUCAUGCCGUCAGUCGGCACUGCAGCAAUUGGAACACGUGGUCGAUAACGCACGCCGCAGAAUUAUACCUGCAGGCGUUGGAGUGGUUGUGCAAUCAGAAAUAUGGUCCAAAGGCAGAAGACGUUCAGCUUGCCUGCGUGCCCUUCGAUGAUCGAGAACUAGAGUUGCAUAAGCAGUAUCUUCUGCGCGCGCACAAAUCCAACCCGAGCUUAGCAGAGCUCACGGACUCAGAGAUUGUGCUUUUGAGCAAGCUAGUUGCGGUGCUACAGAAACCGCGUGCCUUGGACUCCAUCCACCAUGGGUCUUUCGUCGAACUAUGGGCGCUCGCAGAGACAUUCGAUUUUCACUGCCUGAUUUGGAGUCAGGACGUGGACCACAACCUGUGGGUGCGAGACCAAGCAAUUGUCAGUGACCAAGAAGCCCAUGCAAGACUACAAGAACAUCCACAAGUGUUAGAACUUCUGCACCGCCAAAUCGGCGUCACCGGCCAUUACGACAUAGUGGACAGAUCUGCGUCGCUGCGGCCGCCGUUUCCGGACACCACCUGGACACUGGAGUGGAAACGCGCCGGAGCUGACGCCGUCUUGCAGCGGGCAGCGGACACUCUAGAGACGCCUCUGCCACCCAUGCCGCCGCCGUGCGAGCCGCCGCAAAGUUUGCCGCAAGAGCAUCGCUCACGCAGAGGAAGCACGGCGGAGCUCGACGGCGAGAUCGACAAGCCCACCACAGACGGUGUGUGCCAGGGCUCUUCCAGACCAGCACGACGUCGCCGGACAGGCGUGCGCAUCGCGCAGCAUUUCCAGCCAAGUUGCGCGGAACAUAGCUCCUGCAAGCACGAGACGUCUGCGCGCUGUGACGGAGCCAUCGAACAAGAAGACCAUGUGGCCUCGCAUCCACCGACAGCAACCGCAGCCACCGAUGCACAGCAACACACAGAUCCAAGAUCCACCGUGCAGAGGGGGGCAGACGACGUCUGGCCACAGUCCAACGCAGUGGAAGAAUCCGAAGGAACGGCCACGGACGUGGACUUGGACAGUGUGCUGUCGUGGGAUUCCGAAUCUAGUGGAAGGUCCAAUGACGCAGACCUACCAGCGGUCGUCGAACCACAUAAAAGCCGGGUGACGAUAGAGGACCGCGCAAUAGACAGCGCCAAGCACUUGGCGACGCACUUCCGGUUACGCCCUUUAUUGCCAUGCGUGUUGAGUGACAAAGACUUGCAAAAAUUAGGUUCAAACUCUGGAUUAGUGUAUCCCGCAGUGCAUUGUGCGUUCGACGGUUGUCAGUGGGCUUCUGAUGUGCAACCAUGUCAUCCCCACUGGUCAAAAGAAAAAGUCUGGCGCAUAGAAGGCACGACUUGGUCACACUCAGCCAGAGCCUGCUGCGGCAAUGCUGCCACGUGCUUGUGGGCGCACCUGAAAGAAAACCAUCACGCAGUCUUCGAGGAGGCAGCGCAUCGCGCAGCCGGAGGCUCGGCCGAGCUCGCAAUUCCCAGCCAAUACGUGAAUGCCUUGUUGCAGAAAGAAGAUCAACAAGUGCCACAGGUCGGUUGGAGUGUGGAUCGUCGAACCCUGCGACGACUGCAGAAAGAAUUGCAGGAGACGUCGUGCGAAGCCUUGAUAUGUGCAUGCUGUGCUCGCAUCCAUGCCGGGGGUGCUGCUGGGGACAUUGCCUAUUUGUCCGCAGCGGAGUUGUUUGGUUCCCUUUCUCUAGAAAGCUUCACCUGCAACUGGAAUUUGGAUACAUACAUGAAGCAGUACGCCACCAGUGCUUGCGUCCGUGACCGCUUUGACGCACAUGAAUGGUCGCGCCUUUUGCCUGCCUCUCUAUACAAUGGCCAAAAGAUUGUGUGUUGCCCAGAAGACUUGCGCUGCACAGCUUGUGAUGUAGGCAAUGGGCAGCUUUGCGAAACAUGUGAGCUUCCUAUCUGCCACCAAUGCCUGGUGCAGAUGUUCGACAAACAUGUUCUUGCAGUUCCACAAGCUCUAGCCAAUGACAACUGGUACGGCUACCCCACAGAGUUGUUAUACAAACACAAAGUGCGGUGGAUAGAAGCAGCCGCCGCUAGCCCAGUGUGGACGUCCGUCGUCACGUAUUAUGUAGAAGCAGACAGAGGGCACCUGGUGGAAGAAACCCUCCACCGCGCGGAGCAUCGUUCUGCCGUUCGAGGUAAUGUUUCCUCAUUUAGCUUACCUUGGGAAGAAGUCUUGCAAGCGUUCGCUCCACAAGCAAACACUAGCAUGCCGUGGACAAACUUGCCGCAGAAGCCCAAAGUUCUGCAAGCCCUGGUUAAGAUUACUGUGAAAGGCAUGCGUCACAAUGAGGCGAUAGAGUGGGUGGCCGGCGCACGGAUCCGACCAUGGGUGGUCGUUGCAUUGUUGCAACAUUUGAUCGACUUGCAGCAUCCAAUGUGUGACAAUCACAUCUCCCCGGAGAAAGCAAAAGAAGAAGUGAAACAACGGGUCACAAAUAUAUAUGGCACGGAAGAGACAAUGCCGCUCGGGGAAGGCAUUCUCGAAGACGUGCCUGUGGCCGCGCCACUCUCGUCGGCGCAAUCCACCCACAAAGCGCGACCCACCAAGUCUUCGCGCUCGCGUCCGGCAGCGCCAAAGCAAAGCCCACCAGCAAGUGCACGGCACAGUGGCCAAGCUUCAAAGCCCGUUGCAGAGGUAUGUCCCGACGCAAAGCUGUCAAAGGUAACCGUAGACACUGCAAGUGGCGACCAUAGCAUCGUCACGACCGACGACCAUAGCCUGAUCAUGGGCACGCGGCUACUGCCUAGCGAGCUUUCUCGUGAUCCUAGUCAGAGCCAGCAUGCACUUGCACGCACCACAGUCUCCACCACACCAACCGAGCUCUCAGUUGUGGCCUCCAACAACGCCCAGAGCAUCGCUCGGGGCGCAUCGAUUGUUGUCGCAGCCGACGACAACCCCUGCAUUGCCGUCGCCGAGGCACUGCAAAAACCUUGUCCGCAAGCAUGCGCUCGCAAACCAGCCGAACAGCGCCGCCGCAGAAGCAUGCGACGCCGGAAACGGCGGCGUCCGCAGCACUGGAUGGCCAAGCUUUCACUGGAGUACAUCGACCAAACGUCCUAUCCCAAGACUACGCAGCUUCUGACUGGAGGGAGCCAGAUCUAG